UUCCUGUCUCUCUCAGUCCGGGUUUGGAGACUCUGGCGUCCUCCGACUUUUCAUGGAAGAGAUGUCAGGAGAAAGUGUGGUGAGCUCAGCGGUGCCAGCGGCUGCUACCCGCACCACUUCCUUCAAGGGCACGAGCCCCAGCUCCAAGUACGUGAAGCUGAAUGUGGGCGGGGCCCUCUAUUACACCACCAUGCAGACGCUGACCAAGCAGGACACCAUGCUGAAAGCCAUGUUCAGCGGGCGCAUGGAAGUGCUCACUGACAGCGAAGGCUGGAUCCUUAUUGACCGGUGUGGGAAACACUUUGGUACGAUACUCAACUACCUCCGUGACGGGGCGGUCCCCUUGCCCGAGAGCCGCCGGGAGAUUGAGGAGCUACUGGCGGAAGCCAAGUACUACCUGGUCCAGGGCCUGGUGGAAGAAUGCCAGGCAGCCUUACAACAGAACAAAGAUACUUACGAGCCUUUCUGCAAAGUUCCUGUCAUCACCUCAUCCAAGGAAGAGCAAAAACUUAUAGCGACUUCCAAUAAGCCAGCCGUGAAGCUGCUGUACAACAGGAGUAACAACAAGUACUCGUACACCAGCAAUUCUGACGACAAUAUGUUGAAAAACAUUGAGCUCUUUGAUAAGCUGUCUCUGCGCUUUAACGGAAGGGUCCUGUUCAUAAAGGACGUCAUUGGGGACGAAAUCUGCUGCUGGUCCUUUUACGGUCAGGGCCGCAAGAUUGCCGAGGUCUGCUGCACCUCCAUCGUCUAUGCCACUGAGAAGAAACAGACCAAGGUGGAGUUCCCAGAGGCCCGGAUUUAUGAGGAGACCCUCAAUAUUUUGUUGUACGAGGCCCAGGACGGCCGAGGACCUGACAACGCACUCCUGGAGGCCACAGGUGGGGCGGCUGGCCGCUCCCAUCACCUGGAUGAAGACGAGGAGCGAGAGCGGGAGCGGAUCGAGCGCGUGCGGCGGAUCCACAUCAAGCGUCCGGACGACCGGGCCCACCUCCACCAGUGAGCAAGCAGGCGAGCCGCCCUCCUCCUCCCCUCUCCCCUGCUCUUCACUCCGAUGCCUGCAGCCUCCUGGGCACCUUCCACUUCCCCUGGAGUCUGGAGAUACUUUUUUGUAAUAAGCCAGAUGAUUAUUUUGGUAUUUCUCGACCAGGUGACUGUCUUUCCCCAGGUGAAUGCACCCCUGUUCUUGAGCAAGCUGUGUCCAAGGUCUCCCCUUCCCGUGGGGAUCUGAGAAUCCUUGGAGCCAGGCUUUCUUGGUUCUCGGAGAAAAGUAUGAAUGGGUAUGAAGUAGAUGUGAGAAAUUUUGUUUGCAGUAUUUAUUUUGAUGGGUGCUGACUACCUAUUCGGGCUUUGGGGCGGCAUUCCUUCAGGGUUCCGUCUGAGCGCUGGAAGAGGGAUCCUGCAGUUGGCGGCCACCAGAGGUUUCCCUGAGCUGCUUGUUUCAUAAUCCUCCGGCCCCGCACUCUGGCUGCGUUCCUGUGCGUUAGACCAGGCCAUCUCCGGGGCUUUGCCGGAAGUCCGUUCGGCCCCAGGAUCUCACCCCCUGGCUUGUUGGUAGAUGCUUGCAGUUUACGGCACGGAAGAUAGGACCGAUGAGCUCCAUGCCUCUGACUGUUAGAGCAUAGCUCUGGAGGCCUGGCUCUGUUGGAGGGGCAGGCCUGUUGGGACCCCCACAUGCCUGGCUAAGGGCAGAGCUGGCCCUGGCAGGGAGUGCACCUUUCCCGGCUCCUUCCCUACCUCCUGCCCCUUCCACUUGCCCCCCCUUAUUGACCAACGCCUGGUUAUGGGUGGAGCUCACACACCGCCACUUCCCGUGCUCCAUUCUUUCUUCCUCAGCCUUCUUCCCUGUUAAGCUGGGCUUCCUGUCUCAAGUAGAACCCCUGCCCUUUGCUUAGAAAGUGGACGUGGCCUUGCCUCUGUCCGCCAGCCUGGCAUCCAGGCAGGAAGCCCAUUCACACGAGCAGUCUUGGGGCAGCUUGCUUGCUGUAGACGCCGCCAUCACCCCGAGACCGCCUUUGUGUCUUUGCCUCUGGUUUUUACACAGUGUGGAGUGACCACAGCGAGCCAAGUUAGAGGAUGUGCAGCCCCUUUGGGGUCCAGCUAAGUGUUUGUGUUCGUGUUUAAGGGACGUGUGUGACUGUAGAUGGGGAUGUGUGCUUGUGGGGCGCAGGGGGGCCCGCGCUGGAGCCCAGCUGUCCGCACGAUGCUCGUGUCGGACGGACGUUCUCGGUUAUCUACCUCCCAGUCUCCUCUGCGCCUGGGAAGGGACAGAAGUGAGUGGUGACUGAUGUGGCUGGUCGCGACUAGACUAGGUAGAGUAGUUACAAGGAGAUGUGAACGUGUGUAAGGUAAUGGAUGGCAUUUGUCUGCUCUUCAAGGGAAAUGUUACUGUUUUAUACCAAAGGUAUUAAGGUGGGCAGCCUUUGACACAGUGUAUUCCAAAAAACAAGUUUAUAUUUUGAAACGGUUUUUACAGCUUAGGCUUUGUACAUACUGCCCUUCUUGGGACAGUUGUAUGCCUUUAUUUUGUAUCCAGCAGCAAAGCCUACAAUAAAACUUAAAAACAA